UAUUUGGUUUUCUUGAAAAUUUUAUUGUAGCAGAUUAAUAUAUACUAUAUAUUACAAUUUGUGUUUUUAUUUUCGGCAAAAAGAAAUAACAAUUCAUUGUAAUUAAUUUAAUUUUUUGAUUUUAAGUGAAGUGGCGUAUUUUUAAAUAAGAAAGAAAUGCAAUGGCUAAAUUUGUAAAUAAAAAGAAAUAUAUAAUCUGUUAUCUGUGUUUUCAAACAAUUUUCAUUUAAUCUGCUAUCCAAGUUUCCAAACGACAGAAUCUGUAAAUGAGAAAGAAAUACAGUGACUAAAUAUGUAAAUAAAAAUAUAUUUAAUAUGUUAUCCUUGUUUCCAAACUACUUUCAUUUAAUCUACUAUCUAAGUUUCCAAACAGUACCAAAAGGUACUUCAGUUUUAAUAAUAUAGAUACAAUGAUCAUUCCACACGAGACAGGAUUUUAAACUAGUUUAUUAUAUUAUAGAUGAUUAUUGAAUAGAGAAACAUUUGGUAAUUUAAAAAAAAAAUAUUAAUUAGUGGACAUUUGGUCAACCAUUUGAAUUAAGACUCUGUUUCUUAACAGUUAUUUCAUACUCAGAAUAAUUUUAUUUUUCAACUCUUCUUUGGAAAAAAAAGCACAAGGUGCCAACAAGAACUGUAUCCGAAAAAAAAAAUCAACUCUCAAAAGCAUAAAAAAUAAAAUAAACAAUCUGAAGUAGCUUGGCAACCGUUCUCAUUUGAAAGGUAUGGAUGGAUUCCCAUCAAACCCGUUCUUACAUUUACGGAUGUACGGACAGAGUUGGAACAUACACUGUUCCAACCGCAUAUGUUUGCGCUGGGCUUCCAACUUGCUGACAUGAAGGUUACCAAUAGACCAAUCCAAUAAUACCACAGGAAUCCUCGUGAUAUUCCUCAGAUUCAAUAGAUCUUCUGAAGAUCUGAAUUUAAAAAUACCAUCUUCAACUAAAAAGGCGUAGCUGUAAGGGUUGAAACUGAAACUAUGAACAGAAGUAUGGUUGGAAUAGCUAUAGAAAAUAUCAGAAAAGAUGCAAAUGUACUUUAACAAAAAAAGAUGCAUGUAACCAAAAGUAAAAGUAGAAUGGAGGCGACAAUUUAAUAACUUUGUUAAGUAAAAACUUUCUCAAAAAAAAAACUUUGUUAAGUAGAAUACAUGAUCGAUAGUUUUGAAAUAAGUGGUCUCGCUUGUUUUGGCUACUAAUAUUGGAUCAAAGAUCUACAAACGUGAAACAUGUAUAGGAACACAAAUCUCUACCCGGUCAUCUAAUUUUCUGAAUGUUCUACCAUCAUUAUUUACACGCUUUUUGUGAUAAUGUAUAAUUGUUCUCAAGUAAAAUUUUCACAAAAGGAAUUGAUCAAAAGGAGUAAAGGACCAUAAUAAAAGUCUCGAGAUUUCGAAAAAGAUUAGAUCUAACUUUAUAUUAAGAAAAUCAUAAGAUUCGAUACGUUGUUCCAACAUUGAGAACAUGUCAAUCAUCGACAGCUAAACAAUAAUACUAAUGAGUUGGAGAGAUCAUCAAUAUCACUUUAUUUCUCCAUAAUAUUAUAUUUGUUUGCUGAAACAGCUGCUUGUACCUUUUUACAUUACUUAAUUUACAAUGAGGUGCCAAAGUGAAAAAAGGUGAAAACAGAAACAGUAAUAUAAAGGGUGUGAAGGGGAUGCUCUUAAGAGCAUAAACUAGAGCAACAAAACAAUCAAUGGGGUCUCCAGUGGCCUCUUUUGCAGCAAGUUUGCUUGUUUUAACAAUCUCUCCUCUCACCUCUGUAUAUCAAUCAACUGCUAACUACUUCUAUUCUUCUCCUCCACCACCUGUUAAGCAUUACGAAUACAAAUCUCCACCUCCUCCGGUUAAGCACUACUCUUCCCCUCCAGUUUGUCAUUCUCCACCACCGCCUAAGAAACACUACGAAUACAAAUCUCCACCUCCUCCAGUUAAACACUACUCUCCACCACUGGUCCGCUCUCCACCACCUCCCAGGAAAGACUACGUGUACAAAUCUCCACCCCCACCGGUUAAGCACUACUCUUCACCACCACCCAAUAAAUAUUACGUAUACCAAUCUCCUCCUCCUCCGGUUAAGCACUACUCACCCCCUUCAGUUUACCAUUCUCCACCCCCACCUAAAAAUCACUACGUCUACAAAUCUCCACCACCACCAGUUAAACACUAUACUCCCCCGGUUUACCACUCUCCACCACCACCAAAGAAACACUACAUGUACAAAUCUCCUCCUCCUCCGGUUAUGCACUACUCUCUUCCUCAGGUUUACCACUCUCCACCACCACCAAAUAAGCACUACGUAUACAAAUCCCCUCCUCCUCCGGUUAAGCACUAUUCUCCUCGUCUAGUUUACCAUUCCCCACCACCACCAAAGAAAAAGUACGUAUAUAAAUCACCUCCUCCUCCAGUCCGCCACUACUUUCCCCCACACCAUCUUUACCUCUACAAAUCUCCUCCUCCUCCAUACCACUAUUAGAAUUCUCUGUCACGGAGAACACGAUGUGCGCAAGAAGACAAGUCAACAUGGAAUCCAUAAUAAAUAUAGAGUGAAAGAGAGAAUCCUUAUCCAAACAUAAAGCUUUCUCAGCCUCUUCAACUUAUUUUUACGUUUUGUUUGCAAUAAAUUUAAAACAUGUGUGUGUUGAUCAACUAAUGGUCCUUCAUGCACGCAGUCUGUAGUCAUAUAAAUGUAUGUAAGUUUUACGUCUUGUUUCUCUCUGAUUUCUUUGAAUUAAUAAGAAUACCAUAAAUAAACAUAAUAAGUUUGUAUUUAAUCAAUUUCUCAUGCACGCAGUCAUAUAUUAGUACAAUUUCUACUUUACUUUUAUUAGUUUUAUGAAACAAACACUGUUUCUCGUAAAUAAUUGGAUAGGAGGAAGUGAUGUUACUUGUGUUUUCUCGUAAAUUCAUAUGUAUAAUGAAUUUGAACUUUUGCUAAACAAGAACCUAUAGAAAUGGGGGCAUGUGGCAAAUGUUUCAUUAGGCAUGGCCCUGAACCUGUGAUGUUGCUUGCUCAUAAACAAAAGUGAUGUUGCUUGUGUUUUCUCUAACGUUUUUCAACAUGUUCAAACCCAAUAUAAUGUUGUAAUUAAAUUAGUUCUUAGUAAAAAAUGUAUCAGAAUUAGCUUUUUUUUUUUUUUUGUGCGACUAGAAUUAGCUUUUACUAUAAUUUUCAAAGAACAUGGAAUCAUUCACUAUUUCUCCUUUGCAUACACUCCUGAAUAAAAUUCAGUUAUAGAAAGGAAACACUAGAAUAUUUAAAUGUUGCUCACUCAGUAAUAUCAAAGACAUAUCCAGCAAAGAUGAAUGGCUACAAAGCCAUUGCCUUUUAUAGAAACAGAAUCAAGAAUUAUUAUUAUUUCUUCCAAUAUAUAAAACUUGUUAUUACAUAAUAGAAUCAAACUGACAAAAGGAGCAAACCUCUGCUGCAAACAAGCACAUAAUGAUCAAGAGCAUGUCAUUGACCAUAUUCAAGCAAACCUGUAUCCUUGAACUUCUCU